GUCAGUGUCAGAUUGUUGUUUUUUGUUUUUGAAUAUUGAAAAAAAUGCGGUGAAAUUUUAUUUUCCUUAAAUCACUCAAACUCAACGUUGAUUGUAAAUAUUACAAUGAAAAAAAUAAUAAUAUAUUUGCUAACAUGUUUAUUAGUAUUUUUACUAUACUUGACGGGGUUGGUAUUCUUUUUGACAGACCAUGAACCCGGCGACAAGUGUGAAAUGACCUACAUGUUUGAAUACCCCCAAUAUGUGAGAGUAUCUCAAGAUGUAGACCUGAAAUAUCCAAAGUAUGGAUUGUAUGCUUACGGAGAAGGAAGAAUGACCAAGAAAGCCAGGAAUAUGUAUUUUGAUGGCGUUCCCGUUCUUUUUAUUCCAGGCAAUGCUGGCUCACAUCAACAAGUCCGAUCCCUUUCGUCUAUUGCUCUAAGAAAAGCCUUAAACUCGGGCACCCCGUUCCAUUUGGACUAUUUCACCGUCGAUUUGAACUCAGAAUUCAGUGCUCUUUACGGGCCAGUCUUAUAUGACCAGCUUCAGUACGUUCUGAGCUCCGUUCACAAAAUUUUGGAGCUGUAUAAACACAAUAGAAAUCCACCUAAGCAAGUGAUACUCGUUGGACAUUCAGUAGGUGGUAUUGUUGCUAAAAAAACCAUAGCCGAGCUGUUGAGUCAAAAUAAAAAACUAGUGUCAGUGCUCAUAAUGUUAGCUACACCUCUGGCAAAUUUACCGAUAUAUUUUGACAGACAUGGUAGCAAUUUUUAUAGCACUAGUUCUUUCGAGGAUGACAGUAUCGUAUCUGUUAGCAUUACUGGAGGAUACAGUGAUCUUCUGGUACCGUCUUAUUUAGCUGUUAAUAAAGGCAAUAAUACUAUUAUUGUAGUGUCAACUAAUAUAGCUAAAUCUUGGGUGGAAUCAAACCACGUACAAAUUCUUUGGUGCAAGCAAACAGUUUUAGCAAUAAACAGGGCGUUAUUUGAUAGUGUCGAUAGACUAACUCUACAAAUAUCUACCGAUCCUAAAUUUGUUAAGCGGGUAUUUGAGUAUCACCUUAUUCAUAAUAGUGGCUCAAAAAUCCACCUAAGCAAUACUGAUCUAACAAUUCCUGCGAGAAUUGACUAUAAAGGUGAAUGGAUUGAAAGUUUGUACAGACAAUAUAGUGUAGAGCAUAAAAGAGGAAUUAAACAACCCCACUGGUAUAUGGUGAGCAUUACGAAUCAGCCCACCUACGAAAUGUUGACAGUGUUGGCUAUCAAUUUAGAAGUUACCGAUUGGGCUUUCGUAUGUAACGCUGCUUACCCUAAUAAAGCCCACAAAGUUUGUGUUGAAGCACAACAUUUGACUCAAUUUUCUGAAAUAUUUCCAUCCAGUAGACAUAAAAGGAGGCUGUUGACUAUUAACAUGCACGAAAUACGGACACAUAAUAAAGAAUAUACACAUGUUGUAUUUAGGGCUCUUCCCACAUCAGAACCACUAACCUUCCAUGUAGACACUUAUGGUUCCUAUGAAAGAGAAAUUGAAGUGUCUUUGCCAAUAUUUAGUGUCAAAAAACAAGUACUAGUGCCACAAACGCCUGACAAAGCCCUAAUUUAUAGUCUUGUAAUUCCCGAAUUGAAUGACCCUUUGCAAAUUUAUCAAUUAUUUGUUGAACCGAUAAGUUGUAGGAGCAAAACACACCAUGCUACAGCUAGUGUUUUGGUACCAUGGGCUAAUGAAAGUAUUCAUGUACAUUUUACGGAAUUAUCCAAUAAACCUUUAAUUUUGAGAGUACAAAAUCCAAAGCAUAUGAAUGGUGGAAAUGUAAAAGUUAGAUUAAUCCUAGAACCUAUGUGUACUUAUAGGAUUAGCAUCAGAUUGCAUAUUCUAGGGAUUUUUGGACAAAUAGCCAGAUAUUAUUCCCCAUUUUUAUUUGCCACUUCAGUCAUUGUGUUUCUUUUGGCUUUCCAAAGUCAAAUUCAUCUAAUGGGGGACACUGGGAAGGUUCCGAUAUUUUUUUCGGCCCUGUUUCACGGUACAAGGCAGAUUUGGAUUGUUGUGCUGACGUUUUUGGCUUCAGUUGCUUUGAACAAUUUCAUUCCAAAUCCAGAAUAUAGAAUAUUUUCAAACAGUAUUUAUCUUGGAUUUGCUUUAGCAGUAUUAUUUAUGGUUUCCUAUGUGGCUGUACUGAUUCUAGUGGCAGCGUAUUGUGUUUCUUUGUUCACUUUGGAGUCGACUGUUCAUAAAUUGACAUUGAAGUUAUUAGCAAGGACAGUAACAUUUACUAUAAAAUUCUCAGAUUAUUUUAUGACGUUUUUACAAAAAGUACCAUUCAUGGUAGCCACUGUCCUAGUGGUACUCAGUUUUUCAACUUGCGGCGGUCUGGCCUUGGGCGUAGGUCUAGUUUUCUAUUUUCUUAAAUUGACCCAAAUGUCGCAAGACUAUGUGGAACAAAUUGCCUGGUUUGUUGUGAAAAUCAUUGCUCGGAAAAUACGGAGAGCCUUAAGUAGGAACAAAAAGGAGGAGACAACGAGUAAAAAUGAAGAAAUUCCCGCAAUCAAGGAUAUUGACUGUAAAGAAAAUAUUGAAUCUUCAAGUGACAAUGAGAAGGAAAAGAGUACCAACAAAGAAGUCCUUGAUGUGAAAGGCAAUACUGACGAUUGUAAAGAUUCAAAUGGCACUGAAGAGGUCAUAGAAUCAAUAGAAAAUUCAGUGAUCAGUGAGAGUAAUGAAACUGAAGAACAAUUACCAGAGGCUUUAGAAAAUCUUGGUGAUCAAAUUUCAACACACACAAAUGCUCCUGAAGCAGACAAAGAAAAAACUGAAAAUACAGAAGAAGAAAAGAACCCAUUUGAAAACUUGACAGAAACUAACAAUGCCAUAUUUUUCCAUUCUUCAUUAUUUUUCAUUUGGGUUAUUGUAACCAUUUUAAAUAGUCCCGCUGUGAUAACUUGGGCUCAUAACUUCAGAUACAGUAAACAUUUAACACCUGACGAUUCCCUAAUACCAGGUUUGGUAUUUAGUAUCGGAGGUUUCGUUUUGUGGCAAUUUGAUCUACCGAGGACCGACAGGAAAUGGACAAACCUCCUAAGGCUAGUAAGUCUUUGUAUGAUUCCGGUGACUCUCCUUUAUGCUACAGUGUCAAUAUACAGAAUAAAUUACAUGUUAACUAUUUUAUUUGCCUUGGUUCUUUUGCAACAAAUGUUGGCGCCAAAGUUAGAGGGAGAAUUUGAAGACGAUAAAAAAGACGAGGCCAAUAAUAAAUUUGAUGAAAUGAAAAUGAAAAUUGACUGAUAUUUUAGUUGUAGUUAGGGUAAUUUGUGAACAAAAAAUACCUUUUAAAGGUAGUUAGGAUACAUUUUCAGUUUAUAUAAACUUAUUUUUUACCAAAGUAUUUCAGAAUGUGAUUAUUUAUUAUUUGUAGACAGAGAAAAUAAUUAUUUUAAUAAAUUGUUGUAUUAAAUACGAUAA